AUGGAUAUCUAUUAAUCUAAUUUAUGUUCAACAUAUGUAUUCUAACUUAGAUAGGCUGGAAUUAAGCCUGUACUUUCCUUGAUUAGUUAUGCCAAUGUUAAUUAACUUGAAUUGAAUGAUUAAGUACAACUGGAUAAACUUUUCCAUGAAAUUCUAAGCAAUAAUGCUUAUCUUUUGUCAUAUAAUGAUAUAGAGUAAAUUAUCUAGGUAUAGUUGAAAAAAUAAUAUUUUGAGAAGAUAUUAUUUUUGUUAUUAAUCUUAGUUUAUGUUCAGAGUUAAGAUUAAAUGAAUCCAUUUUCAAUGCCCUAAUUUCUGUAAUAUUAGAGAAAAGAAUGGAAUUUUAGAAUUUAAUGUGGUUUAUCCACUUCACAUGAGACAUUAAUAGUUUUAAAUUAUGGAGAAACUACACCUAAUUUAUUAAUAUGGCAUAAAUAUUAUUGA